AUGUCGCAAUCAGGCGCUGCAUCGGUACAUCCGACGCCCCUCGACGCUCGAGGACCCUCGUCGCGCCUCGCAGCGUCGCUCAGGCAGGCCGCCCUGCUCGCCGGUCAGCGCGACGACGAGCUCGGCAUCCAGAGGGCCGCCCCAGCAUCCAAGGACGCAGGACACUGCAGCAGCACAGCGGCCAGCUUGGCCGUCGUACUCGCCUCGCGACUGGCCCACCUUGACGAGGAUAGCAGCGGCGCCAUCGCAAACCUGCCUACCGCAGACGAUGCACAGUCGGCCCAGCGUGCAACGGGCGACGCCGCCCUCACCCUCCUCGCCCACAUCCACCUCGGCCUGCAGGACAAGAAGCGCGAUCCAUCAGCGCGCGUGGCUACGCAGCACUUGACGCCCGGACGCGGCACCCCUGGGUGCGCUCCUCGUCCCUCUACGGCCGGUCAGGAAGACCUCGGCCUCGGCAUCAAGGACCGCAAGCUCGCAGCCACCCUCCUCUCUCUCGCCGCCAGGUGGGCCCUCGUGCCAAGGAUACAUGCCUACGACGAGGCUCUCGCCGACUUGGCCCCCAACCUCUUUCCGCGACGGCCAGCAGCGGCCUCCGGGAGCAGGAACGCCAUCGACGAGUCCAGCAGGUUCGAGGAGAUCGCAGACGACGAGGAUGAGGCUGCAAAGAGGGCCAAGCUGGAACGCUUCGCCGCGGCACGGCGGCAGUUGAUCCAGAUCGUGACCAGAUGGACCUCGAUGCUCGUAUCCAGCGAGGCCACGCCACCGCCCUCGGCACCGACGGCGAUCGGCUUCGAUGCCAGCACCGACAUCUCCAACUUGCUGCUGCAGACCAACACCGUAGAGCUCACUGCCGCGCUGCUCCGGACGGCCAUGGGUCCGGGGGCCGCUCGCGCAGACCCGGCCCAGCAAGAGGCCGCCAGUCAGCUCUCUUUGCUGCUCAAGUUCCUCUCCACGGCGUCAGCCAUCUCGACACUCUCGUCGGUCCUGUCCGCGCCGCCUGCGCUCGCUCCGGUCGGCCUGCCCGUCUUUGUCCGCGCGUCGGCCUCUCGCCUGUUGUCGGCGCAGCUUCUUAGGCCAGACGGCGUCCGAGCGGUCCUCAUCGCCACGCUCGGAGGAGUCGAUGCCGAGGAGGGUCCGUCUGCCGCAGACGGAGGAGCAAAGAACACGCUUCAAAAGUACGAGCAUCUCGCCAAGCUGCUUGGCACUGCCCCUCAGGGCCUCGACACUUCUAGCUACUUGGCGAUGAUUCUGCCGCGCCUGUUCGACAUCAUCGACCCGGACCCCGAGACGACGGUGACCGCGCCCUCGCCCACCCACAUGCGCGCCGCGGCCUUUGCGCUGACGAGGAUCUCGGAGAGGCACGCCGACGACUUCACCAAGGCGCUCGAGGCCCGCGUCUACGUCCACCUGCGCCCUUCGAUGGCGAGUCCUGGGGCAGACGAAGAUGUGACCGUGGUGCCGGCUGCUGUCGUAGCGAGGGCAAUCACGGUGCUAUCUUCCCUGCUGCUCUUUGCCGAGCCCUCGCCGGUCUUCUUCGACAGUCUGCUGGGGCCCGUGCUGCCGCAGCUGCUGAGCCUGCACUGCUUCCUGAAGACGGCUGCCGGGCGCAGCGCCCGUUCAAAGGUCAGGCAGGUCGGCGACGACGAUCAGCUGCAGGUGAUGCAGAGGCAGGUCGACGGCCUGCUGCGCGCCUGGACGCGGCUGGUCGAUGCCCAGGAAGGCGCUCGGACGAUGGCGGUCGCGAUCCGAAAAGCCGAGCGGGGCAUCGGCAGUGACGUCGCCGUGGGUCUUGCCUCUGAUGACGAGCAAACAGGGAGGGCGCUGUACUGGGCAUCGGCCGACGACGGCGUCGCUAUCCGAUGCGGACAACCACCAGAGCCUGCCGCCGAUCCCUCCGGCCUGUUUGGUGCCAUGUCGCUCUCCGACCUGGCCCAAGCAAUCUCGGGCUCGAAUGGCACCGGCAGCGACGCCGCCGACCUGCCGAAACUGCCCGCCGGCCUCGCAUCGUCGCUCCACCUGAAGCCCGAUCCCAAGGCGGUCGUCGACCUGUUGCAAGGCACGAAGCGCAAGGACAUGGCCAAGUCGUUGCUCCCGCGCAUCCUCGACGCCCACAUGGGACAGAGGCUGGAGCGCAAGUCCGGCAUCGCCCCCGCCAAGGCGACGGGCGACGCGUCCGUCGGGCCGACGCUCGAGACGAGGUCCAUCCUCUACCUCCAGCUCAUCCUGCAGCUCUUUGAGGCGUUCGGCUCGGAGCUGCUCGAGGGAGAGGUGGCGAUCACGCUCAACUUUAUCAAUUUUUCGCUGUCGUCGCCCAAAGAGCGCCGGCUCGAGACGCGGCGAGAGAGCGGACAGCCAGAGAAGGAGGGCGAGGAUGAGAUGCCGUUCAUCUCGGCGUCGAAGGCAUCGGGCCCGUCGAAGGGUGGCCUUUUCGACAUAAAGAGUGCGAGCGAGGGCUUGUCGCAGGACGAGCAGAUGGCUGGCGCCGCGAGGGACCGUUCUGUCGAGGAUGGCGACGACGACGAGGACGCAGAGGACGACGAGGAGCUGGUGAUCACUUCGUUGACGCUGCUCCUCUCGCUGCUCGAAGGCAACGCGAGUCUGUCGACCGAGACGACGCCGAUGCUGCUGGUGAUUGCAUCCAAGCUGGAUCCGCACCUCGACAGCGGCAACGACGAGAUCCGGUCGCUGAGCAAGGAGGCGCGGCUCGUCCUGACGGCGCGUCGCAACGCAGCGCUGGGACCUCGACCGGACCCGGCCGACGACAAGGCGAGCAGCCCGCUCUCAUCGCGCGCUCGCGGGUACGCCGCGACGCAGGAGACGUACCAGGAAGCGCUGAGGCUGCUACAAGACCCCAUCCUGCCGGUGCGCGCGCACGGGCUGGUGCUGCUGCGACAGCUGGUCUCGUCGUCGCCCGCCGACAAGGGGAUGCGCGAGCACCUCGACCCGGCGCUGCUACCUGCCAUCCUCGACAUCUUUCUCGAGGCGGUGCAGGACGAGGAGAGCUACCUCUACCUCAACGCCGUCCAGGGUCUCUCUGCCAUGGGCGUCGGUGGCGGCCGCGAGACCAUCCGCCGCCUCGUCUCUCUCUACUUGGGCCGCGAGGCGCUCGCCUCGGUCCCGCCGUCGCGGCGCGAGGUCGACAAGCGGCUGCGCGUCGGCGAGGCGCUACUUCAGGUCGUGCAGAGGUGCGACGAGGCGCUCGGUCCGCACGUCGACGUCCUCGUGCCCCCGCUCCUUGCCAAGCUGCGCGACAAAAACACGCCGACGACGUUGAGGAGCUCCAUGAUCUCGAUCCUCGGCACCACCGUCGAGGCCGUACCCCUCGUCCUGUCCUCGAGCGGACUGGCGAGGCAGAUGGUCGAGACCUGCCUCGAUCUCGUCGCCAUCGAGACGGUGCAGAGGCCGACGACGGAGAGGGACAAGGUGAGGAUGAAGGUCGGCGGCAUCGUCCAGGACGUUUCGGACGAGGACGAGGGCGAGGACGAGGACGAAGGCGAGGGAGGACGAGGCAAGGGGACGAAGAGCAAGGGCAAGGGCGGAGCAGGGUACGACGAGGCGACGACGACGGACAGCAAGGUGUCGUCGCUGCGUCGUGCCGCGCUGCUCCUGGUCGUCACCAUGGUACGGGCGAGCAAGCACCAACUCGUCGAGCGGGUCCAGCAGCACGGCCAAGCGCAAGCGGAGGGGGACGGGCCGAAGAUGGACAGGCUCCGGCUUCCAGGCGGCGGCGUGCUUCCGAGCCUCUCGGGACGGAUCGGUGGCGGCGACGGCGGUGGGGCGGCGCGAGACGGAGCCGGAGGUGGUGCGGGCGACGCCGCUCUGCUCUUCCCGCUCGACCUGGUGGAGCGUACAAAGACGGUCGUCGGAUUCAGCCGGGCGCGCGAUACCGACGCCAUUGUCCGCGUGCAGGCGCAGGAUGUGCUCGACGAGGUGGGCGAGUUGGAGGUCGAGCUCGUGGCCACCCUCGACCUGGCCCGACGGUAG